AUGGGCGUGUUCUGGGACGCCGUGGCUUACCCAUUCCCUCCCGGUUUGACUCCUGAUGAUAUCUAUGCAAAAAUAGACUCAGCUCUCCCUGAUUGUAGUGAGGGUGAGGAUGAGGACUUGGGUUAUAUGGGUGAGAAAUCAAUCUGGGUUUAUGUUGAUGAGACGGACAAGGAAGGCUCUUGGGGUGGGGACUUUGGGAAUCAAGUAUCUACUUCCUUCCUGGAGGAGGGGUUGAUAAACACAAGAGACUUACUAGAAUGCUACAUGACAUCCAUUUAUGGGCCAUGGACUUUACUGAGACCUUUCCAUGUAUUCUUAGCAGAUGAGCCUAACGAGCACCGACCAGAAGAUGAAGUUCAAUGGCCUGCAUCGCUAUUAAAUGUCUUCUACUCUUUUGAAGAGGAAAAGAGUGUUUCGUUCAGCCGACCACACCAAUCAAAGAAGCACAAACCUAGUCUAGGUCGUAGCAGUCUCUCAGCCAUCGUCCAAGGGGGUCAGCUAGGCACCGAUAAGGUUUACCACUGUACUGAGAGGCAAGGAAUGGUCUUCUGGAACGUGAACAAGUGCCCAAUCCCUUGUGAUCCGCUUCGUAUUGAUAAUAUCAGAUCAGCUCUUGAUAAGAAAGGCUUUCAUAGGGGGUUGCAAUUCUUUGCGUUUGGUCCUGGCCCUCUCGACGACAAUCAGCGAGUUGUAUUUAAGGAAGCUAGAAUUGCUUACUCACAAGAAGGUGAACACCUGCGAAGUAGCCCAAUCGCAGAAACACGAGAUUAUCGUGAUAUGGCUUUGGACCUUAUUAAUUUCGCAGCACUCAAUUAUUAUCCAGCAGCUUUAAUUGUAAUCCCAAAACCAGACCCAGAUAGCGAGUUGCACAGGGUGCUCAAGUGUUUGGAAUCGAGAAGUCCCCUGGUUCUCGUAGUAAACCGGACUGCUGUUGACAGUGGUAGUGGUCAAUUUCAUGAUUCUGAAGAGUCAGUAGGUGCUUGUAUACAAGGUUUAGAUGGAGGAGAUCCCAAAAGCUUGCCGGAAUGCUGGUGUUGUGAUGUAUGCUUGUGUUGA